UCACUUCCGGUGGCUGACAGAGGAGGAGGAAGUCCUAACCCACCAGACGUAGAAGAACAUGGCAGGAAAGAACGGGGACGUCUUCGGUGCCGCUGCUGAAGAGGGACCGACUGGCAUCAUUAAUAAGAUAUUUCCCAAAAUGAUCUCCCAGACUACUGCCAGAGAUUGGUUUGACCGCCGUCGGGCCCACAUCCGCCCCUGGGGUAACUUCGUCGAUCAGAGGCGUUUCUCUCGCCCACAAAACUUUGGGGAGCUGUGUAAGCGGGUGACUGGGAACGUGGAGCAUUUUCAGAGUAACUACAUCUUCAUCUUCCUGGGCCUCAUCAUGUACUGCAUCAUCACCUCCCCGAUGCUGCUCAUAGCCAUAGCCAUCUUUUUCGGAGCUUGUUACAUUAUUUACCUGAAGACUCUGCAGUCUAAGCUGGUUCUGUUCGGUCGGGAGCUGAGUGCCGCCAAUCAGUACGGUGUAGCCGGAGCGGUUUCCUUCCCGUUCUUCUGGCUCGCCGGCGCAGGAGCUGCUGUAUUUUGGGUUUUAGGGGCCACACUUGUGGUGAUCGGAUCUCACGCGUCUUUCCAUGCUUUGGAGGGGGAUGUCGAAGAGCUUCAGAUGGAGCCCGUCUAACAGCCAGACUCUGGGUUCCGCUCUACGCGCGGCACAACGGGGGAACCUUCUCCAAUAUUGCUCAGUGUAACGUUUCCUUUCCCACCGGGCACUUUGCCAGCAGUAUUUGCACUUAUACUAAAUGAAAGGUCAGUAACCGGCAGUAAAUACCCUCAUAAUUGCAUAGAAGACCCCCCGCAAAGCCUUCGUCUUCACGGUCAACUUGUGGAUUAUUUCCUAUGUUGGGUGUUUUUCGGUGUAGUUUUACCCAACUUGCACAAAAUCCAUAUCAGGCCGGCCAAGGACAGCACACCUUUAAUUUACCCCGGUGUGGGGCAGGUAGAGGAUUUGAAGUCAUAGUUGGCUGUGAGUGUCAUAAUUGUGUUGUAUUGGAUCUUUAUUCCUGUAAACCCUUGAUCUUGGUUAAUAUGUAAUAAAAAUGUAUCAAACACCAA